GCCUGAACAGUGGCCCACGGUAUAGCGAACGGAGAGAAGGGGGGCUGGUGGCGGUGCGCCCUCUAACUUUUCCACCGGAGCCACCCUCGCUACACCCCUGCACACAGGUUGCCCCUCCCUGAUGAAGAAACAGCAAGUAUUGUUGAAAAUAGAGUAACAUAACAGAGCAGAAACAAUCUGUGCAAAUUUUAGGACAUCAAUUAUUAUUUUCUAACUACAUUGAACAUUGAAGAAAACGUUAUUACUGGAUAUGGUGUGUGGUAUAGUGCCCUGUAUAAACGGGCUGCAGAGUGCAGGAUGCAUAGGGAUCCUCCCAUCACUACUGUGCACACACAGCUCUGUACUGGGAGGAGGGAGACCAGAGCUCACAUUGCUGCACUGAGAAGGUCGGGACUGUGAGGACCUCCCUGCUCACUCUCACUCUAUGGGGGAACCAAUACACCUGCAAGCAGCAGCAGUACUGGCAUUGGAACUGGCACCUGCUGCCCUGCCUUUAUCCCCAUUUAUCCUGGACCAGAGGCUUGGCUAGCCCAGAACAUCCUGCAGCUCCGGUGGAUAUUGAUUUGUUUGACAGCACAAGGAUUGCAUGAGGCCACUCUAUAGAACAGUUUAUGCUGAGUUCUGGAACUGCAAGACACCGGCUAUGGCACUGCAAGCUGAGCUUUAAAUCAACACCUCUGUCGCUCCAGUCUGCCAUUCAUUUCCCGGAUUCCUGGUGCUGCAGCCAUGGGUCUCAGUGCCAGACAAAGCUGCUGUGCCUGGGUGCUCUUGAUGGGGCUGUUGGGACUCGGUGGCUGGGCUGAGGGGGGUUGCUUGAAGGCUGGGAAGUGCUGCAAAGGCAGGGAUAUGACAUGUGUCAGCAAGGGCUGGUGGCUGGGCAAGGUGUAUAGGACCUGCUUCUGUGACCAGGUGUGCCAGACAACGGGAGACUGCUGCUAUGACUACACUCAGGCAUGUCCAGCCCGUGCAUGCAUUGUUGGUGAAUGGAGCCAUUGGAGUGGAUGCGCAAACCAGUGUACCCCGUCGUAUAGACUGCGCAGACGCCAAGUGUUGCAGGAGGCAGAAAACAGUGGAGAGCCCUGCCCAAACCUAGAAGAGAAGGCGGGAUGUCUGGAAUAUCUUACACACCAGGGCACCGAAUGUGGGCAUCUACAUGUGCCUGCAUUUAUUACUACUUUUGAAUAUAACAAAGAAAGAAAAAGGCGUGCCGUGUCUUCAGAUUGGGCUUCCCAUACAGAGGAUUCUGGGUACUGCGUUGAGUUCCAGAUUGAAUCCUUAUCUCCAGCCUGCCUAACUGAGCAUCGGCCCCAUGCCCGCUGGAUGCUAUACCUGCGGGAAGGGUACACAGUGUGUGUGGCUUGCCAGCACCCUGCAAUGAACAUACGGAACCAUCGUUGCUAUGGAGACAGCAGUGAUGCAGAUGGGAACCAAGUCCUUCAUUGGCAAGCUGUGGGAAACGACAAGUGUCGGGGAUCAUGGAGAAGAGUCAGAGAAGUUGAGAACUGUUCAUGCCCCAUGGUCCAUACCUUUAUAUUUACAUGACGUUAGAGAAUUAGACUUAGUUUGUAGCAGCAUCGACUAAAUAUUACUGUUUUACAUAACCUUGUAGAUAAUAUUUGCAUCUCUGGCUAAAAUAGAUUCACUAAAACUUCUAAAAUCGAAAGAAUGAUGGUGUUGCCCAUAGCAACCUAUCGAAUUCCAGCUUUCAUUUAUCUAGCACAGUGUUAGAAUCUGAUUGGUUGCUAUGGACAAACUUUCUAGCCUUACAUUUUAAAGGUAAAUCCGCACCAAAGACUCAAAAUGAUAUCAUGCAUGAAUGCACAUAAUUGGUUAGCAAUGGGCCUGAUUCAGCGAUAGACGCAAUGGAGCUUUUUUUUUUUGCCACUGCGCGUAAAUCGUACUGCGCAUGUACCGCAAUGGUUUUGCGACAGCGGUCGCAGUGAGGAUUUAUUUGCAAAGUGAGUGACAGGCAGGGAGCGUUUGUGGGAGGAAACAGGGAGUGACGACUCAAACACUUGCAUGUCGCAACCAUUCUGUGGGCGUGUCACGGCUUGUGACUGCGAUUCUGUACGCAGUUAAAAUGGCUCCAGCGUCUUGCUGCCGGCGGCCAUGCCGCACAACCAUAGUUUCAUUCAGAAGGCCGAUGUUGGACUUGUGCAUCCGAUGGCUGUGUUUUUGUACGUAAAUGAUCGUCUCAAUACACACUGCGGCAGCUGCAACAUUUACUCAGCCACUGCAUACAUAUUAGCAGCUGUGCUGGCAUUAUUGUACAUCUCUGUGUAUGGCCCAGUAUUCCCACAGUGGAUAUAACUGAAAAUACCAAUAGAUAAGUGGGUGAAACCCUUGCCCUUUGAAGUUAUUGGGUAACAGCCUUCUAAGUAGGUUUGCAAACAUUAAAUAUUUUUUAAAUGCUGUAUAACAUGCAUCUGUUUACAAUGACAUACAGUAUGUUUUACACAUUGUAUCUAUUGUACCUGUUGCCACUAAAAAGCCUUAUAACCACUGGUAUUUGAUUUGCAUUUCAAAACACAUUUAGGUGUACAUGCAUUGCACUUGCAAUAUAAAAACCCACUAGUUAACGCAUGUAUUUUACGGUCAGUGGCUAUGAGGCCUAAUAUUGUUAAUUUCUGCCGAACACAGAGUAAAAGGUCUUUCAUGAUGAAUGUAGUUUUACUGUCACGCAGAAAAAUCACUGUUUAAAUGCUGCAGAAAUGAAAGUGCCAUUAUGUAAUAAAAUACUUUAUAUAAUCCUAA